AAAAUUGAAUGUUUCAGGGACUGGACAAAUGUGCAGUGCUUACACAUGGUGUGUUUUGCUAUCUCUUGCAAAAUGUUUCAGGGACUCGACAAAUGUACAGUGCUUACGCAUGGGGGGUUUUGCUAUCUCUUGCAAAAUGUUUCAGGGACUCGACAAAUGUACAGUGCUUACGCAUGGGGUGUUUUGCUAUCUCUUGCGGAAUGUUUCAGGGACUGGUCUGUACACACAAGGUCUAUAUACACACGGUGUGAAUAUGAAAGUUUGUGUUUUGCUAUCUCUUGCAGAAUGUUUCAAGGACUGGACAGAUGUACAGUGGUUACAUGGGUGGCAGAAAGUCUUGAAUCCAGAACUAAGGAGGACUACUGGUGGCCCUACAGGGCGUUCCACGAAAGGGCAAUGGACUUUGGAAGAGGUGAAUAUGAUGAGAUAUUGCGGAAGACUCUUCAAUGAUUCAAGGGAAAGAACCGGAAGAAAAUUGCAGAAUGUUUCAGGGACUGGACAAAUGUGCAGUGCUUACACAUGGUGUGUUUUGCUAUCUCUUGCAAAAUGUUUCAGGGACUCGACAAAUGUACAGUGCUUACGCAUGGGGGGUUUUGCUAUCUCUUGCAAAAUGUUUCAGGGACUCGACAAAUGUACAGUGCUUACGCAUGGGGUGUUUUGCUAUCUCUUGCAAAAUGUUUCAGGGACUCGACAAAUGUACAGUGCUUACGCAUGGGGUGUUUUGCUAUCUCUUGCGGAAUGUUUCAGGGACUGGUCUGUACACACAAGGUCUAUAUACACACGGUGUGAAUAUGAAAGUUUGUGUGUUUUGCUAUCUCUUGCAGAAUGUUUCAAGGACUGGACAUAUGUACAGUGGUUGCAUGGGUGGCAGAAAGUCUUGAAUCCAGAACUAAGGAGGAGGACUACUGGUGGCCCUACAGGGCGUUCCACGAAAGGGCAAUGGACUUUGGAAGAGGUGAAUAUGAUGAGAUAUUGCGGAAGACUCUUCAAUGAUUCAAGGGAAAGAACCGGAAGAAAAUUGCAGAAUGUUUCAGGGACUGGACAAAUGUGCAGUGCUUACACAUGCAAAAUGUUUCAGGGACUCGACAAAUGUACAGUGCUUACGCAUGGGGGGUUUUGCUAUCUCUUGCAAAAUGUUUCAGGGACUCGACAAAUGUACAGUGCUUACGCAUGGGGUGUUUUGCUAUCUCUUGCGGAAUGUUUCAGGGACUGGUCUGUACACACAAGGUCUAUAUACACACGGUGUGAAUAUGAAAGUUUGUGUGUUUUGCUAUCUCUUGCAAAAUGUUUCAAGGACUGGACAUAUGUACAGUGGUUGCAUGGGUGGCAGAAAGUCUUGAAUCCAGAACUAAGGAGGAGGACUACUGGUGGCCCUACAGGGCGUUCCACGAAAGGGCAAUGGACUUUGGAAGAGGUGAAUAUGAUGAGAUAUUGCGGAAGACUCUUCAAUGAUUCAAGGGAAAGAACCGGAAGAAAAUUGCAGAAUGUUUCAGGGACUGGACAAAUGUGCAGUGCUUACACAUGCAAAAUGUUUCAGGGACUCGACAAAUGUACAGUGCUUACGCAUGGGGGGUUUUGCUAUCUCUUGCAAAAUGUUUCAGGGACUCGACAAAUGUACAGUGCUUACGCAUGGGGUGUUUUGCUAUCUCUUGCGGAAUGUUUCAGGGACUGGUCUGUACACACAAGGUCUAUAUACACACGGUGUGAAUAUGAAAGUUUGUGUGUUUUGCUAUCUCUUGCAAAAUGUUUCAAGGACUGGACAUAUGUACAGUGGUUGCAUGGGUGGCAGAAAGUCUUGAAUCCAGAACUAAGGAGGAGGACUACUGGUGGCCCUACAGGGCGUUCCACGAAAGGGCAAUGGACUUUGGAAGAGGUGAAUAUGAUGAGAUAUUGCGGAAGACUCUUCAAUGAUUCAAGGGAAAGAACCGGAAGAAAAUUGCAGAAUGUUUCAGGGACUGGACAAAUGUGCAGUGCUUACACAUGGUGUGUUUUGCUAUCUCUUGCAAAAUGUUUCAGGGACUCGACAAAUGUACAGUGCUUACGCAUGGGGGGUUUUGCUAUCUCUUGCAAAAUGUUUCAGGGACUCGACAAAUGUACAGUGCUUACGCAUGGGGUGUUUUGCUAUCUCUUGCGGAAUGUUUCAGGGACUGGUCUGUACACACAAGGUCUAUAUACACACGGUGUGAAUAUGAAAGUUUGUGUGUUUUGCUAUCUCUUGCAGAAUGUUUCAGGGACUGGACAAAUGUGCAGUGCUUACACAUGCAAAAUGUUUCAGGGACUCGACAAAUGUACAGUGCUUACGCAUGGGGGGUUUUGCUAUCUCUUGCAAAAUGUUUCAGGGACUCGACAAAUGUACAGUGCUUACGCAUGGGGUGUUUUGCUAUCUCUUGCGGAAUGUUUCAGGGACUGGUCUGUACACACAAGGUCUAUAUACACACGGUGUGAAUAUGAAAGUUUGUGUGUUUUGCUAUCUCUUGCAGAAUGUUUCAAGGACUGGACAGAUGUACAGUGGUUACAUGGGUGGCAGAAAGUCUUGAAUCCAGAACUAAGGAGGGGAAAAUCAUCACAAAGUAGGAAUUGGGGUAUGCAGCUUUAUCUUUUUGACAAGCAACUAUGGAAAAUGAAGGAUAAUAUCUACUCCUUUAGAGUAUGCAACUUUUGUUAUGGUGGUCAGAGAAUGCAAUCUUUGCACGGGAGGACUACUGGUGGCCCUACAGGGCGUUCCACGAAAGGGCAAUGGACUUUGGAAGAGGUGAAUAUGAUGAGAUAUUGCGGAAGACUCUUCAAUGAUUCAAGGGAAAGAACCGGAAGAAAAUUGUUUGUGUGUUUUUCAGCAGAAUGUUUCAGGGACUGGACAAAUGUGCAGUGCUUACACAUGCAAAAUGUUUCAGGGACUCGACAAAUGUACAGUGCUUACGCAUUGGGGGUUUUGCUAUCUCUUGCAAAAUGUUUCAGGGACUCGACAAAUGUACAGUGCUUACGCAUGGGGUGUUUUGCUAUCUCUUGCAAAAUGUUUCAGGGACUCGACAAAUGUACAGUGCUUACGCAUGGGGGGUUUUGCUAUCUCUUGCAAAAUGUUUCAGGGACUCGACAAAUGUACAGUGCUUACGCAUGGGGUGUUUUGCUAUCUCUUGCGGAAUGUUUCAGGGACUGGUCUGUACACACAAGGUCUAUAUACACACGGUGUGAAUAUGAAAGUUUGUGUGUUUUGCUAUCUCUUGCAGAAUGUUUCAAGGACUGGACAGAUGUACAGUGCUUACAUGGGUGGCAGAAAGUCUUGAAUCCAGAACUAAGGAGGAGGACUACUGGUGGCCCUACAGCGCGUUCCACGAAAGGGCAAUGGACUUUGGAAGUGGUGAAUAUGAUGAGAUAUUGCGGAAGACUCUUCAAUGAUUCAAGGGAAAGAACGAGAAGAAAAUUGCGGAAUGUUUCAGGGACUGGACAAAUGUGCAGUGCUUACACAUGGUGUGUUUUGCUAUCUCUUGCAAAAUGUUUCAGGGACUCGACAAAUGUACAGUGCUUACGCAUGGGGGGUUUUGCUAUCUCUUGCAAAAUGUUUCAGGGACUCGACAAAUGUACAGUGCUUACGCAUGGGGUGUUUUGCUAUCUCUUGCGGAAUGUUUCAGGGACUGGUCUGUACACACAUGGUCUAACACACGGUGUGAAUAUGAACGUUUGUGUGUUUUGCUAUCUCUUGUUUGUGUUUUUCAGCAGAAUGUUUCAAGGACUGGACAGAUGUACAGUGCUUACAUGGGUGGCAGAAAGUCUUGAAUCCAGAACUAAGGAGGUCCCUGCUGUUGGAAUUUUAAUUUCUUGUCACACUCUUUCCAUUGAUGAAUCCAGCAUGACCGAAGAGAGCAAGAUUGUUCACAAGGACUCGAGGGACCCAUUUAUAAUGUCUGGUUGCAAGGUUGCUGAUGACAAUGGCAUCAUGCUUGUAACCAGUGUUGGGGCAAAUACUGAAUGGGGAAUGCUCAUGGCUGGCACUUCAGAAGACACUGAUGAAAAAACACCAUUGCAGAUGACAGUUGUCGAAGCUUAUGUUGGUGAGAAGAAGAUUGAUUCUCCAGAUGGCAACCAGUUGUCUCCUAUGUUGACCUCAUUACUUAUUGAAGGAAUUGCACAAAACACGACUGGCAGCAUCUAUGUGCCUUUUAAUCCAUGUCGGCCCAGUGUCAAAGACGCAGUGGGACUAUGCCAAAUUGCUGGUGUAAAGAUACUUGAAGAUACAAGUGAAUUAUGAAACACUUGAAUGAACGUAAUACAUGGAUUUAAUAUUACUUGUAGCAACCUUUUAGUUUUGAUUAUAGAAAGAGAUUAUCAUAUUAGGAAAUUUAUAGUUUUUUUUUAUUUUUUUUAUAACUAUAGAUCAUAUGGAGACUUUGAGAUAAUUGUAAUUAGAACAUAAUCAAUAUCAAUAAUUUUGAGAAUCAAAUUUUUAUUAUCAA